GCACGGCGCGGCGCGGGACCCGGCCGCCAGGGGGCGCUGCUGCGGCCCCGCGUGCCCGGCGACGGAAUGGCGGAGCCGCUGUGGAGCGCGGAGGCGGGCGGUGGAGUGUACCGCUCGCGGGACCCCGUGCGCAACCUGCGGCUGCGGGUCCGCAUCCAGCGGGUGACGGCCGCCGGGCCCCUCCCUCCGCAGGCCGCGCCGGCCCCGAGCGGCGGCCCCGAGCUGCUGGGGCUGUCCGCCCGUGCCGCGCACGGAGCUGCCGGGCGGCCCCCGGCCGAGGAGGAGCGGGCCGAGGUGGCCUGGCAGCAGAAGCUCUUCAGUCAGUUUGAGGUGGAUCUGUACCAAAAUGAAUCAGCCUGCCAGACUCCCCUGGACCGGCAGUACCAUGAAGAGAUCCUGAAGCUGGAGAAGGCUGGAGGUCGGAAGAACCGUCGCAUCUUCACCUACACUGACCAUGACCGAUUCACCAACCUAGAGGAGCACUGCCAGAAAGUAACUGAUGAAAACUGUGAGAUGCCAUCAUAUCUGGCAGAGAGGAUGGCCAAUGUGAGGAGGAGAAGACAAGACCGUAAGCCGCUAGAAGCGAGUUCUCUCAAGUCAAAAAUCAUCACCUGGGAGCCCUCGGAAGAAUUUAUAAAGAACAGUCAUGUGAUUAACACUCCUGUUCAGACUAUGUACAUCAUGGGGGACUUGGGACCUUAUGGGAAGCUUGGUCAGAGGGAAUACGAACAUGUUCUUUGUACAAUCAAGGUGGAUGGCAAUGGGGUGAUCACAGUGAAGCCUGACUUUACUGGCACCAAAGGAGCCUACUGGAUUGAGCUGGGUGGACAGAAGCGAGAGCUGUGGAAAUACACCAUUGAGAAUGCAUCUGUGCAAGUGCAGCCAGAGGAGGAGGAGCGUGAGCAGCGUGUGUUCAAAGAUCUGUACAGUCGGCACAGGGAAUACCUCAGCAGCCUGGUAGGCUCAGAAUUUGAGAUGACGCUUCCUGGUACACUGCGGCUUUUUAUGAAUGGAGAAGUAGUUUCAGCUCAAGGCUAUGAGUAUGACAACCUUUAUGUUCAUUUCUUUCUAGAACUGCCUAAACACUGGUCAAGCCCUGCGUUCCAGCAGCUGUCAGGAGUGACUCAGACCUGUGCCACCAAGACAGUGGGCUGGGAUAAUGUGGCGUACUUCUGCUACCCCUUCACUUUGGAGAUGUUUUUCACCCAAGAAGAUGAAUCAGAAGACUGUCUCCCUCAGUGGCCUGUUCUCUACUUCGAGGUUCUGUCCCUGGAUUUCUGGCAGAGGUAUCGUGUUGAAGGAUAUGGUUCUUUGGUGCUGCCAGCAUCUCCAGGUCUCCACAUGCUUACCAUCCCUACCUGGCGCCCUGUAGAGCUGGGUACAGUUGCUGAGAUGAGGAGAUUUUUCAUCGGUGGGUCUCCUGAGCUGGAGGACAUGACCUAUGCCAGGAUACCAACAGCCUUCAAGGGAAAGCAUCUGAGCCGCUUUGGUUUUCGCACAGAGACAACAGGGAAUGUCACGUUCCGGCUUUACUGCCUGCAGCAGUCUAAAGCCUUUCUGGAAACCAGUGCCUUGAGGCAUCGCAUGCAGAGUGUUCUGGACCGUCUUGGGGGCUUCAGCCAGCAGAGUUCUGUCUACAAUGUUUUGGAGGCUUUCCAGCGGGCACGGCGCCGCAUGCAGGAGGCCCGUGAGAGCCUUCCCCAGGACCUCAUCAGCACCUCUGCCUCCAGUGUGCAGCAUCCACAAGAACCCUGACUGACAGACAGACAGCCUCUGCUGCCCCUAGCCUGGGGACAGCCCACAUCUUCUCUCUGAUAGAAGCUCCCAGUGCCCGUGCCCCAGAGCUCUUUAAAGCCCUUCCUUUGCAGUUUUCUUUGGGCAGGAGCAGUAGUCUAUAGCGCAUCCAUACUGAGAAUCUUCGUGUUUCCACGGGUACCCUUCUGUUUCGAGGCAUUUUGUUACCAGGCCCUAAUGAUAGAGCCAGUUGUUCACAUUUCUGCUGAGCAGACUAACAUGCUGACAUGAGACCUGGGAACUUUUCCAAUACUGAAUUGUAAGCAAUUAGAAAAAUUUCAAGUCUACUUGACUAGGUAAAUUUACUUUUCUUCUUAAAGAAGAGGGUGUUGUUGAAGGUCAAGGCAUGAAUGCUGUUUGAGAUGUAAUUAAAUGAAUAGUUAACUUCUUGAGAAAUACUGAUAGUUGUUGUCAGCAUUUGUAGCUGUAGGUUGAUUUUCAGUAAAAUGAAUCUGACCACCUGUGUUUUAAAAUUGAUUCAUUCCUAGAGAAAGAGAGGGGUCUUCAUCGCAUAUAACAUUAAAUCAAAGCAAAGAAAUUAUGUAUGACAGAUUUCAGACUGGAGAAAAGGGUUACAUUCUGUAUUUCUUUGCAUGUCUGUGGAGUUUCUGGCUCUUAUGUUUGCAAUGAUGAGCGGAAGGACUUUGAGAAUACAACUGAAAAGACAUAUUCCCUUUAGUUCGUAGCAGAGCUGGGGCUGGAUGGUUUGCAGAUGAGAACAGAUUGUAACAUUUGCACAGCAGCUGAACUUUGAACUGUUAAGCUCUUCAUCUGAGCUGCAAUUCAUUGCUCCAUCUCUGCAAUACACUGCAUUGCUUCCUGGGGAAGCAUAUGUUUACCCAGUUUUUACCCACUUUCUUCUCCUGUUCUUUUCUCAACCUUUUCUAUUCCCCCAUUUUUGUUCCUGUCUCACAUUCACGGAGUGAGGCUACCUGCAGACCAGCCCUGCAAAAUCUCAGAAAGAAAAAUCUCAGCCCGGAAAAAUCUCAGGCUGAGAUCAUGCAGGGCUGAGUGCAUCUGAAGAGACAGAAUUUGCAGGCAGGAUACAAAUAGGAACCAGCUUCCUCCUCUUGCUCUACAUGUUCUUCCCUAGCAGGGGAUGGCUGUCAAGGAGGAGAUGCAGCACAUAGAUGGGCUCGGGAUUGAGAGGUGAACUUGACCACAGAUGCUGUUGCUCUUUCAAAAGAGGACUUUUGCUUGCCUACCUCACCUGCAGCCCCUCCUUUUUGGUGGAAGAACCUGCCAGCCUGGAUUAGGUAGCAUGGCCUGUUAGCGGAGCAGUGUCCUUGGCCCAGUGCUGGGUGAUGCAUCUCGUGAAUGAGUCAGCUCUCCUGUCCUGCUGGGUGAUGUGACGUAGCAGAUAAGGCAUGAUGGCUAUGAAUGCUGAGCUCUGGAAUAGCAGAACCGAGGCUUGUCUGGUCCUUGGGGGUAUGGUCACAAUUCACAGGGACUGACCCACGCUGUGCCCAGGAUGAGAAGUGUUCAGGGAAUAAUAUGGAGCUGCUCAGUCUUCUACCUGGGUUUGUUUUUUUAAGUCAUGGUUCAUGUCAUAGCCCUAUAUGCUUAUUGCAAGUUCAUAAACAAUAAUUAAUUUCUGUUAGGGUAUUUCUGUGCGCUUAUCACUGAUAGCUGAAUCACAUCUCUCUGAAACACCGAAUCAAGACUGAGUUAGCAGGUAGGAGAAUAUCCAUUUUGUUGGGAUGGCACUGAGGGCAGAGGACAGACUCCUCUGAUGGGCCACCCUCAGCCAGUGUGUGUUUGCUGGCAGUGUCUGAUGGGCUGAACAGUAAGGUUAUGCAGCUGCAGUGAAGUUUACACAAUAAUACAAGUUUUGAUAGUUAAAACCCCGGUGAGUAUAAAAUCUUACAGAAACGUGAGAGCAAAAUUUAAAAAUAAAAACCAGUUGUAACCAAA